AUGACACAAGCCUUGACCGAAGCCAUGACCCAAGCCAUGCAGCUUCCCGCAGAGGCCGCAGGAACCUCAAGCGGGAGUACAAUGCACACGCUGAAGCUGUCAGACCAUUUGUCCGUUCUGGUCAAGCCUCCUCCUGGCCUGGAAAACGCCGGUCAUUCUCAAACAUCUCCAGCUCCCCUGCCCUCGUUGCCAAAUCUCUUGCCUGGCAAAGCCAGCAAGAAGACUCGGGACAGACAUUCUAAGCCAAACCAAGAGGGCCCCAAUCUGGUCGCGCUGCUGCGCACAAAGGAAGGAGCCUCAAUGCUCAGCUGUGAGCUGGCAAGUUUGAGUGCAACUCAGCUGCAAAGCUUCUGUGCGGAAUUGGUGACGUCCCUGCUGCCGGAUUUGAAGGUGCUGGCGUGUGACCCGAAUGCAAUGCCUGUCAUCAGUCAGCUCCUAGCUUUGCCUGGAAUCGAUGAUUUGCGAUUGAAAAUUACUCGCCGACUCCGUGGGUCCUUACUGAAGCUGACGAAAGACAAGCACGGCUGCUGGGUGGUGCAGGAGGCGUUGCAGGCCGCUCCUGCAGAGCUACAUGCGGCGCUGGCCCAGGAGCUACGAGGGAACGUUCUGGCGUGCUGUCGACACCGUCACGGCAACUUUGUGCUGCAACGCUGCGUGGAGCUGCUCAGCCACGAUGCGGUCAGCUUCAUUGUGGAGGAGCUCAAAGACCAUGCCGUUGAUACCUCUUUGCACAUUUAUUCCGGCCGUGUUAUGCAGCGACUUAUAGAGCAUUGCCCUCACAGUGGGAACAUGAUGGCACUUCUGGAUGCACUGUUGCACCAAGAGAAUCUGCACCAGUUAAUAAUGGAUCCGUAUGGCAACAAUGUUCUCAGGGCAGUUCUUGGCUCCGGGAAAGCGGUGCACAUCAAGAUGAUUGGCCGUGCAUUAACGGCAAACGUGCUGACUUAUGCUCAGCAUCGGCACGCCAGCCUUGUCAUGGAGGCUUUCCUGGAUGCCUUGAAGGGGAAGUACCAGCACGAGCUGCUUCAGGAAAGAUAUGAUAUGAUGGAAACGAUUCUAGCUGGCAGUGGCAGCACAGCUUCACCGUUUGAGCAUAUAGCUUUAGAUCGAUUCGGCAAUUACAUUGCGCAGCGAGUAAUGGAGGAUUGUCAGGGCAUUGAGCAGCAAAGAAUCCUGGAGCUACUCACUGCUCUGAGACCGAAGCUUCGACAUGCAGCCAACGGACAGCACAUACUGCAGGCUGCUCAGAGAAAAUUUGGCCCGCGACUCUCGUCGGUUUGCGAGCCAGCGUAUUACCCGGGUGAGGUCAACACUGACACACCGGUGCAAGUGCAUGAGUGUAUAGCCACAUCAGUCAUUAAUUUGUGA